GGCAGUAGGGUGACAGGGAGGGGUCCAGCCCGCUGGAUCCACAGGAGGGGACUGCCCGGGGAAAGCCCUCUCUGCCUGUGGGGAACGAAACCUUCUGUAGACGGGUAGCAGCACUUCUGGCCCCUGGUCCCACUGCUGCCAGGCCCGUGGCAUCACAGGACACAAGGUCCCAGGAAGCAGCUGAGAUAGCAUGGCAAUGAAGAUCCCACGGGGCACCAUCUCAGAGCUGCUCCUGCUGCUGCUUUUAGCUCUGUUCCACAUCUCUUGGGCCCAGAGCAGCUGUGUGGGGCCCCAAGCCAUCCCUGGCAUCCCAGGCAUCCCUGGGGUUCCUGGAUCUGAUGGACAACCCGGGACUCCAGGAACAAAAGGGGAGAAAGGGCCCCCAGGGCUAGCUGGAGACCAUGGUGAGUUUGGCGAGAAGGGCGAACCAGGGAUUCCUGGCAAUCCAGGAAAAGUUGGCCCCAAAGGCCCCGUCGGCCCUAAAGGUCCUCCAGGCUUCCCUGGAGUCCCUGGUCCCAAGGGUGAAUCAGGAGACUACAAGGCCACGCAGAAAGUGGCCUUUUCUGCCUUGAAGACCCUCAACACUCCCAUAAGACCAAAGCAAGCCAUCCGCUUUGACAGCGUGAUCACCAACGUGAAUGGGAGCUAUGAGCCUCGCAGUGGCAAGUUCACAUGCAGGGUGCCGGGGCUCUACUACUUCACCUAUCAUGCCAGCUCUCGUGGGAAUCUGUGUGUGAAUCUCAUGCGGGGCCGAGAGCAGCCAAAGAAGGUGGUUACCUUCUGUGACUAUGUCCACAAUGCCUUCCAGGUCGCCACGGGCAGUGUGGUCCUCAAGCUGGACAGGGAGGAAAUGGUCUACCUAGAGGCCACCACCCAGAACUCCCUGCUGGGCCGAGAGGGGGCCAACAGCAUCUUCUCAGGCUUCCUCCUCUUCCCCGAUGUGGAUGUGUGACUUGCCAGGCAGAGUCAGGGUUACAUCCGUUCACGGCCGUCGAAUGCUUCCCCUGCUGGUCAUGCCUACUUUCCCCCUGUCUGACCAAGCACAGAAUAGAGCUCUGUGAAUGGUGGGCAAUGAAUGAGUCAAUAAACUCUUAGAAGCCUAAAGAUAGUGUCUAACUCAACUC